CGCCACUCGCCCACACGCGAAGGCACCUAGCAGCCGCCACUCGCCGAACUGAGGAACACGCCGGGCGACGGGAUACAGCAGCAGCGCGCCCCUCUAUGCCCGACGCGACGGCGCCCUGCAGCUGCAGGCACGGCUCCACACCUCCACUCUUCUCCUCCGUCUCCGUUCAUCUCUGCUGAGUAGUUGUGGUUGUGGCGUGUGGAUUAAUCGCGAUUAAUCGAUCUGAUCGGCGCUCUGGCGAUCAGAAACGAUCGACCGAUUAGAAAACAUUGGUGCUCGGGCAUCCGCAUCUGUCAACACCCCCCUCUUGUUCUGUUCCGAUAAACCUGUUCCAAUGGCCAAACAAAAAGAGGGUGUGGACAAAAGAACUGCUAGGAAGAUGAUCCGAUCUACGGAAGGCUGUGCAAAGAGCAUUACUUUCGAGAGGAACAACAAAUCAGACGCUGUGCAGCUUCACGAUCUGCCGAAUGACAUCCUAGGUAGCAUACUAUCACGGUUGACAUUCAGAGAAUCCUCACAGAUGGGCCUUGUUUCUCAUACCUGGCGGCGGCUGUGGAGAAGCUGUUGCCGGAAACUGGUCUUCACCAGUGCCACCAUGUUCCAACCCGGAAAUAGGAGCAUCAAACAUACAAGGACCAACUUUGCCAUGAGAGUCAACAGUUUCUUGCGUCAGCUACACACUCAUCCUACUCUUAAUAAGUUUGUUAUUAAGUUCGGGCUGCGCAGGAAGCACACUCGCCAUGUCAACAGAUGGAUUCGCUUCUGCUCCGUGUCGCGAGCAAGACACAUCACUAUUAAUUUCACUCCUGGAGUGAAAGAUUUUUUCAUGGGUCCAGCCAACAGCAAGUACAUCUUCCCCCUGAACGUUUUCAGUGGUCCAGAAGGCUCCUCUACACAUGUCAGAACUCUUCAUCUGGGCUAUGUCUGUCUGGACACAACCUCGUCUGAUUUCAUGAUCUUUGCAAAUCUGAAGAAGCUCACUCUGCACAAAAUUUCCUUUUUGGGAGACCUCCAGUGCCUGAUGCUGCCAGAAUGCAAUUCUCUUGAGUGUCUGAGCAUCAGCUUCUGUUCCUUGCCUGGUUUAAGCACAUGCCAACCGCUGCAACGUCUGCGAUGUGUUCGUUUGCACUACUGCUAUCUAAAAAAGAUUGAGCUGGAAGCUCCAAAUCUAACAUCGUUUGACUUGACCAACCAACCAAUUCCAUUUGUGCUUGGUGGAUCUCUGAAUGUAAUGGAAGCCAACAUUAAACUGUUAGCUAAGGACUCACCUUAUGGUGAUAAUCUGGACUACAUCUACACUGAGCUUCCUGCUGCGCUGUCUCAUGUGCAUAAACUCUCGAUAACCUCGGGUCUCUUCGUUUUUGAUCAGCUGCAAGGGUUUUCCAAAACCUCAGCCAGAUUCAUCAAUCUGAGGCAUCUGACCAUGUAUUUGCCUCUUUAUGGGGAACCUAAGUCAAUUAGUGGGAUUCUUCGCUUGGCCUACCUACUGGAAUUGGCCCCAGCUCUAGAAGAAUUGGAAUUGCAUGUGAAUGGCGGUGACGUGGAUGUUGGGUGGGCACUCAGAGGGAAUAUGUUACCGUACUCACACAAUAGGCUCAAGAGGGUCCUUAUUUCAGGAGCCAGUGUAUGGGAGGGGCUAAUGGAGCUGGCAUACUACAUUUUUCGGAGUGCCAAUAGACUCGAAAGUAUGGUCUUAGAUCCAAAGAUAAGGAUUGGGGCUCCUCAGCUGGAUGGUUGGAUGAUUGAUAUUGGUAGGGAGACGAUCAAAAAGCUUUUUGAGGGAGAGGAGUUUCAGAGCAUUAUUACUAUUCUGUAAGAAUGGUAAGAUAGGCCACAGGAUUUUAGUGGUCACACCAAGUGGCCAUGUUUGAUUAUGCCAUAGGUUUGACCAGUAUGCUAAAAAAUGUUUGUUGUUUUCAUUUCCGACCUUAGGAAAUGUAAAUUAAGACCCUGUUCCAAUCUCGCGAGAUAAACUUUAGCAGUUUUUUUAGCUACUUUUAGUCAUUUGUAAUCUAAACAGUAGAGCUAAUGGUGGUAAUUGAAACUAAAUUUUAGCAUUUCAAUUCAUAUA